AGCUUGCAGACAAAUGUUACAAACAAAUGCUAACUACAAAAACAAACGUUUUAAACAAAUGGUUUUGGUUUCCAAACAAAUGUUACAGAUUUCAAACAAAUCGCUACUUGCCAGUUGCCACCCUUUAAUUUUCAAGAACCAUCGAUAUCAUAUUGAUAUAUGCGCUAAUGCGUGAUAUGAUAGAAGCACUAAUAAUUAUUUAUAGUUCAUACAAAAGUAAAUCGACAAAAACCCCUUACCUAUCUACAUCUCCGGAAUGAAUGUUGCACUGCUGGCACCGUCGUAUAACUCGGUUCACGGGAAUGUGUUGGAAAAUAUUAAACAACAGAUCACUCGACGUCUGGUGGAAAAGCAAGCAUCUCCACUCGAAUCUGGAAAGGUCAUAGUCUUAGAUCAGUCCUUCUGGAGUCAGCGUCUCUCUCCACCCGCAAUAAUAAGAAAGUUAUUUCGUGCUAAUGUGACGGGCAUUUUUAUUCUAAUUCGCUACGGGCAGUCUGUGAGAAUGCGCGUACAGUUAGACGAAGUUGUGAGCAAUUUGUUCUCUGUGGAUCAGGGUCUGCCAUUAUUGCCUAUCUGUGUUUUCUUUUAUGGAUCCAGACCAGUUUCCCGUCGUGAAAAAUUAAGAAUUCAAGCCAUGUUCAAAACACAUUUAGCUGAACAAGUCGACAUACCCCCUGUUUUAUUUGCACAGCGUUUACUCCAACUGCGUCACUGCUAUUCAGAAUUCCUAAGAGAAGACAAAAUCGCUGACAUUAUGAAAUGGAUGAAAAGUCAGAUGAAGCUAUGUGCAACAUUCAGUUGGCGAUCAUACGCUGCCAGUUAUCAUGCUGCUGAAAGCUCCACGCAACUACAUGAAGCUGGUGAUGCAAAUGCAGUACUGCGGAACUUGGUUCCCACGAGGUCACGGCGGAGAUCUCUAUCAGAACCCAAAAUUGUCCCAAAUCUGAGGGGUUAUAUUGUUCUUGUGUGCGAAGAAGCUCGACGGGUGCCGAGUAACAGUUUCAGUAUGUCCAUUAGAAAAGUGGCCUUGCGACAAUUGCUAAAUGGUGAUAAACACUGGACCGACAACUGCCAAGAGUUCAAGACAGCUGAGCGUAUUCAUGGAAUAUUUUCCAUUUUAACGGCGAGCCGAGAUAAAGCGUAUGGUGUACUGAGCUCCAGAGUAACAGCUCUAAAAGCGCAACAUGGGCACACGUUUCGACCACGGAAGCAUGAAUUAUUCUUAACUAAUUUCAGCUGGAGUGUACAGUGCUGGAAUAACAGAACAAGUCAUGCUGUGAUGCGGUGUGCAAUUGGCUUUUUAGGACACACGGAAGUAUUUGGAUUUGCAAACUGGCUGAACGCCCAAGAACUCCGAUUACUGCGAUCCCAUAUAUUAGAAUACUAUGCAAAUUUUGACAAGCGUACGAUCGAGAAUCGGUCUGAGAAACUGUCUCCUGCAGAAACCCUUGCUCGCGCCAGCUUGCAUCGAUCUCAUAGUAUUCAUGAUUUUCGAAGUUUUAUGCAGCGAGAAAUUCUGGACUAAUGUGCUUGGAGCAGCGCAUAAGAGCAAUAACACACAGCACAACAAAAGAAAACCGCAAGUAUAUACAUGUUUAUUGUUCAAAUUUAUUUUUAACUGCCUCAUCGGCACUUUCAUGUCAUUUACUUAAUACGAAUUAUACGAUAUCCGAAGGAGUUGUACAGUAAUAUACGUAACAGCGAAAUUUAGAUGUUUUAUGGUUUGCAAAAAUCCUACGGAACUCAAGAGUUAUAUAUACGUAUCGUCGAUACGUGGAGUGUUAUCGAUAC